GCCCGGUCUCAGGACUUGGGGGUCCCAGGGAAGGGCAAAGCCCCCGGCGCAGAGCCAGUGGGUCGGGCCAGGCUGCAGCAGCGAGGCCAGGCUCGCAGUGGCCAGCGAUGCACCAGCCCUGUGCCAGGCUUUAACGGUCCCGUUCCCCUGUGCCCUGGCAGGGCCACCAUGACCCACCGCUGCAGGAGAUCCUCUGGUCUCUGGAAGAUUGUGGUGUGGGAUGAGGCUUUCUUCCAGGGCAAGAAGCAUGAGUUCACCGCUGACUGCUACAGCACCCCGGAGCACGGCUUCAGCACCGUCCGCUCCUGCAAGAUCGAGAGCGGGGCGUGGGCAGGCUUCGAGCACUGUGGCUUCCAGGGGCAGCAGUUCGUGCUGGAGCGUGGCGAGUACCCGUGCUGGGAGGCGUGGAGCGGUAGCAAUGCCUACCAUGUGGAGAGGAUGUGCUCCUUCCGCCCUAUUGCCUGCGCUGACCAUGGGCGCAGCAGGCUGAUGCUCUUUGAGCAGGAGAACUUCCAGGGCAAGCGGGGGGAGCUGAGUGACGACUGUCCCUCGCUGCCCGCCCUGGGCUGGGGCAGCAGCGCCGUGGGCUCCUUCUUCGUCCGCUCUGGCGCGUGGGUCUGCUCGCAGUACCCGGGGUACCGGGGCUUCCAGUACCUCCUGGAGAGCGACAGCCACGCGGGCGAGUACAAGCAUGUGCGGGAGUGGGGCUCCCACGCACAGACCGGCCAGGUCCAGUCCAUCCGCAGGGUCCAGCAGUGACCGCCGGCACCAGAGCCGCCGUGCCGCUGGCUGCGCGCCCUGGGCAUCGUCUCUCCCGCAGGGCG